AUGAGUGAUGAGUCUAAUGAUGACUACCAUCAACUCUGGCGACCCGACAUGCCGCUAAUCAGCAUCCCAACCCAGACCCUCAACCCUUAUGAGAUACGGCCUGGGGGGCAACCAGCGUCUCUCACUGCCGUGAACGUCCCAGGCACGACCGAUUUCGUGAUGGGGGUCGACACCUGUGGUUUCGCAACCACCAGUACGAUCACUUGCAAAUUCGGAUAUGAGUGUACCAAUGUAGAGGGAUAUCGUGGUUGCUGCUUGCCGGGCGCUGACGACUGUGCCUCUACGAUCUAUACGGACUGCAUUGACUAUGGAAAAGUCCUCCACGCAGCUGAAUGUGGGCCACAGACACUAUGCUGCCCUAGCACACAUCCAUCCUGCUACACUUAUUGGUUCGAUAAUGACGAUGACCCUCAGGAAACAUUCAGACACAUCGAAUGCCAAGCAUCACAGGGAUUCGGGAUCCUAUACCCCUUUCCGCCAGAGUUAACCAUGACAUCAGAUACAUCGACGACAGCAACAGAUUCGUCUUCCAACCCUUCUAAUUCAACCCAAAUCGCGAUCGAGUCCGCGAGCGACUCGUUAUCUCGUUCUUCGAUAUCCGCGGGCACUAUAGCAGGUACCGUAGUCGGCUCAGUCGCCUUCGUUAUUAUAUCCGCCAUAAUCGCUGCUCUAAUAUUCCGUCGGCGUCGGGCCAAAAAGAAUGCUGCUACCGCUCCAUCGGUCCCCGUGAAGAGUACAGAUAGUUCGACCGAUAUCUUGCCGUCGCCAGAAAAGGAGCCAAGGCAGACAACAGCAACAGUAAGGCCAGAGAGGCCGCCGACCCGAAGAAGCUUUCUACGCCCCCUUUCCAUGAUCCAAGAGCAUCCAAUCUCCAUUUCCAAGCCCCCGCCCAUAUCCGCCACCUCCUUCGCACCAGGUAUCAGGAGGUAUAAAUCAGCAGCAGCGCGCCAGAGCCCCGGGCCGAACUGGCCACUUGGUCCGCCAGGCAACCCUCUGGGCUCGCAUCCGGUCGACGCAAACUUGAUGAAGCGCCUCAGCGAUAGUCGGCUUGGAACCCGCGGUCCGGAAAGCAGAGGAGUUAGCGACUGGCGGCAGAAAAGUCUGCCACGUACACCUGUGCACCCGUUCCCUCCCCCACCUCCCCCGGGUACUAAACCCGUACCCCCCCUCCCGCCGCUCAAACCGUCACGAGACUUCGAGGGCACAGGUACCACGCCUACCAGUGCCACGGCGGCACUUCAAAGCCCGCGGCUAAGCCACGUUCCCGUAUCGCCGAUCAUGAGUCGGGUUCUCGACGGGAUUAGCCCGCACCGUGCCGUAAACAAACCUUCGACGUCGCUUUCGAUUACAAGGCCCAUCAGCGCCGUGGGCCCGGAGCCCGUGUCGCCGAUCGGAAGUAGUGACGGGGAAGGAGAAGGGGUAGAUGGUUUGCCACGGCUUAGCUACGUCUCGGCGCCUAGCGCAGCUGACGAAGGCGGUCUGGAGCGCGACGACUUGGUUUCGCCUAUAGGUGUUGAUGAGGUGGAUAGUGAUACGGAGGUGCCGGAAAGCCCGGUGACGGUUAGUCCGCUGGAGAGCCCACGAGGGAGUAUGGAUUCUUAG